GGGGGAGAAAUAGCCAAGCCAUGGCCCCUGCACUUCUCGUAGUCCCUGCUGCCCUCGCCUCUUUCAUCCUGGCCUUUGGCACGGGAGUGGAGUUCGUGCGCUUUACCUCCCUUCGGCCUCUUCUUGGAGGGAUGCCGGAGUCUGGAGGUCCAGAUGCCUACCAGGGAUGGCUGGCUGCCUUUCAGGACCGCAGCAUUCUUGCUCCUCUGGCCUGGGAUCUGGGGCUCCUGCUACUAUUUGUGGCACAGCACAGCCUCAUGGCAACUGAGACAGUGAAAGUGUGGAUGUCCCGGUACUUUGGGGUUCUUCAGAGGUCACUGUACGUGGCGUGCACUGCCCUGGCCUUGCAGCUGGUGAUGCGAUACUGGGAACCUGUUCCCAGAGGCCCUGUGUUGUGGGCAGCUCAAGCAGAGCCAUGGGCCACCUGGGUGCCCCUCCUGUGCUUUGUGCUUCACGUCAUUUCCUGGCUCCUCAUCUUCAGCAUCCUUCUCGUCUUUGACUACGCAGAGCUCAUGGGCCUCAAACAGGUGUACUACCAUGUGCUGGGGCUAGGGGAGCCUCUGGCCCUGAAGUCUCCCCGGGCUCUGAGACUCUUCUCCCACCUGCGCCACCCAGUGUGUGUGGAGCUGCUGACAGUGCUGUGGGUGGUGCCCACCUUGGGCACUGAUCGGCUCCUCCUUGCUCUCCUCCUUACCCUGUACCUGGGCCUGGCUCACGGACUUGACCAGCAAGACCUAUGCUACCUCCGGGCCCAGCUACAAAGAAAACUCCACCUGCUUUCCCGGCCCCAGGAGGGUGAGGCCUAUUGAGGAGCUAACCUUGGUUUCAAGCCCUGUACUUUGUGUCCCCCUCAGAAUUCAAAUCCGUUGACAUCCAGGUCUUGGCUGCUUCAGACCAGAGGGCCAAAUCCAUGGACUGAAGGAACUGUCUCAUCCACUCCACUCCCUGGGUCCAUCUCCAUAACCUAAAUUUUAUUUUGUGGUAAAAUAGUCACUCAGUUUCAGGGCUUCAAGGUCCACUUCUCACCAGCCAGGAAGAAGGGGUGGGGGACUUACAGGUCUUCUCAGUUUAGGGCUUGAUGCUCCCUCCCAAUCUCCUCAAAAGGAGAAGGGUCCAGCCUGACCACUCCCCUGGCAGAGUUACUCAUCUCUGCACCGCAAAGAUCCCCUUCUCCAAGUCUAGGUUGCGCUUCAAGGCGCUCUACUAGGGUCUGCAAGUUUGACAGUAGUGGCUGCCCCUUCAGGUUCCACACCUCCUCCAUUCCCACUGGCUGGCCUCUUCAGCUCCUUAGGCCCCGCCCCAGGGUUCCGUCCUUGAACUCAGUUGAGAGGAUUCUCCAGCUCUUAAUUCCAGUGAUUAAGGCCUCUCUGCUCUCCCGAGUAACACGUGUAGCAGAAAAAUAAAUUUCAGUCUGGUUUUUUCUACA